CAACUACGGCAGCCGGGAAGGCUCAUUCCGCCCGGUGGUGUUUGUUCACACGUGUUUUUUAACCAGACAGUUUGUUGUCAUUUGGUUGUGAUCGCUAAAUCCCGAUACGUUCGGGUAUUUCUUGCUUUUAUUUUGCUUGCACCAUUAUCUCAAAAUGAACGGGAAGGAAGACGAAGAUUGUCUGUUUCUUGAAAACAUUUUGGAUAAACUUUACGAGUUUGAUUAUGGACCGGCAUCAAAAAAGAAGCACAAGUCUCAGAAGAAGAAUAAACGAAAAAGAUGUGAGGAAGAGGAGAAGGAGGUACACGAUGUGCGCAGUGACUCUGAAGAUGCAGAUCAUGUUGGAACUGACAAGCAGCAACAAGUACAGAGAGAACAACCAGGUCCAGCCAUCCAGCCGGCGAGCAAGGUGGAGGUCGUAACGUUUCAGGACCCCAGAAAGAAACCAAGGAUUAAACAGAAGCCUCCCUCUGACAAAAAGCCUGCUCCUCAGAAGAUAACGGAGGAGAAGGAGAGCGACCAGCCAGAAGAACUCAGUUUGGAAAAGGCCCGUCUUGAGGUCCAUCGGUUUGGAAUCACAGGAUAUAAGAAGGAGCAGCAGAGAGUGUUUGAGCAGGACCGAGCCGUCAUGCUGGGAGCCAGACCUCCUAAGAAGGAAUACACGAACUACAAGAUGCUGCAGCAGCAGAUCAAAGACAAGAAGCAGAAAGCAAGGGAGGAGGUGCAGCCGGAGCUGAAGAAAAAGAAGAAGACCAGUAAUCCGAGGGACAAGAAGAAGAGGGUGAGCUCUGGUUCUCGUUCUGAACCCUCAGGUCAGGUGGGCCGCUUCAAGAACGGCAUGUUGAUCCUCAGCUCCAAGGAGAUCCAGAACGUCAAAGGCAACAAGAAGCGCAAAUAGGUGAGCGACUAAAUCCUCCAGGAUAGAGAAAACAGAAUGGAGCAGAGGAAGAACGGCCGUCAGUGACUCGGCUGACUCCAGGACUGUUUGGAUCCGCGCUAAAUCCAACCUGAGGCUGUUUCCAGAGGAGAAUAUCAGAAAGUGGGCGGACGUGGAUCCGCUUUACCAGCCUCCAAAAUGGACCCUGAAUGCGCUCAGUGGGAGGACGCCACUGAACAAAACUGGAGACUCUUGUGAAAUAAUUUUCCAUCACAGUUAAUUUAUUUUGUUUUUAUAAAUAACAACAAAAAAGACA